CACGCGCAUCCUUCCCAUUUUUGACCUGGAACCGGAAGAAACCGACAAAGAGAGGCAACCACGACGGCGGAAGCAGCUCGUUCGCACGCCCCCACGCCGCGCAGUCCUCGAUCCCCCGUCGCAGUUUCACCGAUCUCUGCCAUGUCGUCGACGUCGGAAGAUACCCUUGUGCGCAAGAACAAACUGCUGCAUCAAGCGCGAUCGGCGCUCGAAGCGCUUCAGAACGAGUUUGGACACCACGAGAAACUCGUGUCGUCGAGCGACAACAGCAACUGCACAGCCCUUGAAGUCCUUGCGUCCCAGAUGAACCGCAUUGUCGAAACCAGCAACGACCAGAACGCACCGAUCAAUGGUCAGCAACAACUCGCGUCGUCGCCCACCACCGUCAUGAGCGUCAUGCCCCCCGCAGCUGACGAUGUCUCGGAAAUGCAGUUUCUACGAGCCAAAGUCGCGCAGCAAGAAGACACGUUGAAGCACUUGCUCCGAAACGAGAGCGUGGUCCACGAGCAACUGCAGCAACUCCAAAACAGUGUACUCUCCCUGCGACAAGACUUGUGCCGCGUGCUCGGGCUCGCGGAAACGUCCACAUCGACUGCCCACGACGACCUUUCCCAUUCAACUCACGACGGCCACAGACUCGCCCAACGCUAUGGCGACCGAUAUCGACCUACCGAUCAAGACAGUGAUGUUGAUCCUGACGAAGACGAUGGCGGGUCCGUCCCUUCUUCCGCGUCCCCGGCGUCGAGUCCCACCGAAUUUGCUGACUCUAGCACGAAGAAGCCGCUGUCCAAGCGCGCGCGGCUGGCCCUUGUGGACAAGAAGGGCUCGUCCAAGAUACAUCAGCAGUCGUAUGUUCAACAGCGCGCUACAUCCACCAACGUUCACGACCCGAUCAUCUCGGCCGUCCUGCUUCAAUCGCACCAUCAACUGCAGCACCGCGAAAACCAACUCUACCAUGACGAAGAAGGCAAAGUCAAGCGUGAAGCGGGCAAGGGCGACGACUACCACGAAUUCGACAUCGAGUCGAACGCGUCGCAGUCGCCCCGUCGAAAACGGUCCAAGAUGACGACGAUGAUGAACAAGCUCGGCAAGCGGCCGUGGACUGCGCAGGAAGACCAAGAGUUGGCUGUCGCGGUGCAGUCGUCGGGGGCAAGUGACUGGUCUGCGAUUUCGCUGUUGCUGCCUGGGCGGUGUGGCAAGCAGUGCCGCGAACGAUGGGUGAAUCACUUGAGUCCAUCCGUGAACAAGGAAGCGUGGACGGAAGAAGAGGACGACUUGAUCUUCAAAACGAGAGAUCGGAUCGGGAACCACUGGGCCGACAUUGCGCGCCUGUUGCCCGGCCGUACCGACAAUGCUGUGAAGAACCGGUUUUACUCGACCAUGCGCCGCCGAUUGCGCCAGCAGCGCGCCGGCGUCCGCCAAAAGAACAGCGCCAAAGACUAUCCACAGCCCGCCGAGCCGUUGGAAAUGUAGAGCUCGUCGAAAUCGAGCAUCCUGUGGCCAUGGCACCACAGGCAUGAACACGUUUCAUUUUUGUUUGGAA